AUGGAUUUUAUCACUGACCUACCUCUGUCUUCUGGCUUUGAUUCAGUUCUUGUAGUGCAUAUACAAGAAAGAUUAAUCAUUGAAUUAAGUGCUGCACAAGAACGAUACAAAAAAUAUGCUGAUAGGCACCAACAAGAAGCCCCUAUUUACAAUAUUGAAGACAAAGUGUGGUUAGUAAGAUGGAACAUAAAAACUGAGAGACCCUCAGAAAAAUUAGAUCAUCAGAAACUAGGGCUAUUUGAAAUUGCAGCACAAAUAAGCCCGGCAGCAUAUUGUCUAACUUUACCUCCCUCUUUUAAAAUCCAUAAUACCUUCCAUGUAUUGUUGUUGGAGCUAUACAUGGCAAAUACGAUUCUCGGAAGAGUGGCGAAGCCACUACCACCCAUAAUUAUUGAUGAAGCAUGUGAAUAUGAAGUUAAAGAAAUACUCGAUACAAAAUUAUCUUGGGAAAAUGUGGAACACACUGGGGAAGCAGUAGAAGUUUUUUAUCGUCAGCACCCUGACAAACCUAAACCUGUUUCAAAAUGCGACCGUAAUUUUUGCAAUAACGAUAAGGGAAGAAAAUUGUUAAGAGGGAAAUGGUGUAACAACCAAGCUCUGACCUGA